AUGGCGGACGACUAUCCCGGGCCCACGAAUGAAAAUCCAACCUUGAAAUCGGUUCUUCUAACGCUGAGCUCCACAACGCCCCUGGUCACGACGCCGCUCCCUGCAAACUCCGUACUGGGCGGUAUUCCCAUUUCAACAUUCGGCGAGCUUCUCACCCAGCUAAGAAGUCAGCAUCCAGGGGUGUCGGUAGGAGAGUUCCAAGAGCAAUCAAUUGCUGGAGCAACAUUGUGCCGCGAGAUGGAGAGGCCCAACACACUGCUGGCUGGGCCAGAGAACGGAGUCUGUGCAGACGCCCAAGGCCCCAAGGGCUCUUCGGAGAUCCCAGAGAAUGGGAAUGGCCUUCCCAAUUCCAACAACGUCCGCAAACGCGACAGAGUUGCUGAAGACCAGGCGUAUAUCAAGUCAGCUAGGGAGAGAAUUCCUGAACUAUACCCGCAUUACGGUCAAGCACUGGUCGAGCAGUACAGGGCCAAAAGUGCGCUGGCGGCUCUGAUAACGCUUUGGAACAGCUACGGCAACGAGAUGGACGCAAUAGGCGCCAUUAAUCGCGCCACUCUGAAUCGUGUUAAGAACGCUCGAAACAGCAAGAAAGGCUUUAGGGGUACCCUUGGUCAGAGAAUAGCUCCCUCGGCGACCCCUGGUGACCUGCGGAGCGCCGUCAAACUUGACAUGCAAACCUUGACAGCCCCAACCCUGCUGGAGAUACAUGCCGAGAACAUAUGUGUUGACCGGAUGCUGGGUACACUUACAAGUGACUGGCAGCGAUCCGAUCCUGAACCUUGGACCGUGCUGACAGGGCCCGUCGCAUCCACCUCCACGAGUUUCUAA